GGGGAAGUGUAAUCAUGAUGUCGUUGCGCGACUUAAAUAGACGAUCAUUCUCGCCCGUUUUCAAAAUAGGCCACUUCUCUUUUUCUUUUUCUUUUUCUUUCCCUUUCAGUGAGGAGUACCUGGCAACAUGAGUACUGCGAACGAGCCAGCGGAGCCCAUCCCCACUGGCAUCCUAGCCACAGCAAAGCAAGCAUGGGGCGAUCUGUUCAAGUGGAAGCAACGAGUCGUAGUGACCAACGAGUACGGGGAGACUCGUACUGAAUGGCAAGAGCCCGAUCCCAUCAAGAACCCCAUCAGCUUGUUUGCGCAGCUCAGUGCCCGCGAUUGGGUGUUCUUCCUAGUUGGCCUGACAGCCUGGACGGCAGAUGCGUUCGACUUCCACGCCUUGUCCAUCCAGCAAGUUAAACUAGCCAAAUACUACAACCGCACCAAAACAGAAAUAUCCACGGCAAUUACACUGACGCUUCUUCUGCGAAGUGUUGGCGCCGCCUUCUUUGGUUUGGCUGGUGACAAGUUCGGCCGUAAAUGGCCCAUGGUGUUGAACAUGAUUGUAUUAGGGGUGCUACAGAUUGCAACCAUCUACAGUCACACGUUCCAGCAAUUCCUGGCUGUGCGGAGUCUAUUUGGUCUUUUUAUGGGAGGUGUCUAUGGAAACGCCAUCGCCAUGGCGCUGGAACAUUGCCCCGUCAAUGCUCGUGGUCUCAUGUCGGGCAUUCUGCAACAAGGGUAUUCCUUGGGAUAUGUCUUUGCCGCCUGUGCCAACCUUGGAGUUGGUGGAGCUACCGAUAGUUGGAAGACAGUCUUCUGGGCUGCAGCUGGUAUCUCGAUCGGGGUUGGAGUUAUCCGCAUCUUUUUCCCCGAAUCAAAACAGUUCCUCGAAGCCAAGAAGGCCGGCAAGAAGUCCAUGAGCGCAGGGGCAUUCUGGAACGAAACCAGGCAGAUGUUGGCCCAGGAGUGGAAGAUGUGCGUGUAUGCCGUUAUUCUCAUGACCUGGUUCAACUACUACUCUCACACCUCGCAAGACUCCUACACCACAUUCAUGUUAACCCAGAAGGGAAUGGAAAACACCGGCGCCUCCCGCGCCUCCAUCCUCAUGAAAACCGGCGCUUGCGUCGGUGGCACGAUCAUCGGAUACUUAUCCCAGUUCUUUGGCCGCCGACGCGCCAUCAUCGUUUCGGCCUUGAUUUCGGGUAUUCUUAUCCCAGCCUGGAUCCUCCCAGAGGGUGAACGGGCAUUGAGCGCAACUGGAUUCUUCAUGCAAUUCUUCGUUCAGGGUGCCUGGGGCGUUAUCCCAAUUCAUUUGAAUGAGCUCUCACCACCGGCCUUCCGGUCCUCUUUCCCUGGCAUCACCUACCAAGUAGGUAACAUGAUUUCAUCCCCCUCCGCACAAAUCGUCAACGCCAUCGCCGAAAAGACCUUAAUCACUGGUUCGACUGGUGAACCGGCGCCCGCUUACGGACCUACCAUGGGCGUGGCUACGGCUAUUAUCGCGACGGGAAUCAUGGUGACUACGGCGUUCGGACCCGAGAAGCGUGGGCGGAGAUUUGAGACUGCUGUUGCGGGUGUUGAGGAGUCUGAAUCGAAGAAGGUCCUUGACUUGGAGAAGGGUGAUGUGGCAGAGCAAAAGGCUACGGAGGAGAAGGUCGAGCAGGUAGAGAAGGUAGAGAAGAUUUAGGCUUGAUAUGCUGCACUAAGAUGGGAACUGGAAUGAAAGAUACCCAAUAUCUGAGUAGAGGAUGAAUGCUACAUCAUAGUUCAGAUAUACAAUUCACAAUUACCUUUACAGCUAG